CCAAAAAAAAAGCAGCGUCACUCGCCACAGCUUUCUGUCUCACAGCGAUGAAUAGGACAGUAGUUCGCCGGCUGGUGGCGACGGCAUGGCGAGCCUCUGAGGGUUUCUCAAGGGCUAGGCACAACCAGCAUGGCAUUGAGAUCUCCAAAGUGCAGGGAAUUGCGAAUCGCGGACUCCUUGAUGGUAGUCAUUGACUAUACCAACAUUCUUAGAGCGCACCUGGCUGACAGAACCGGUAGCAAUUGGCAAGACACCCAUGAUCAAGCUUAAGAAGCUCUCAGAAGAGACCGGAUGCGAAGUUCUAGGCAAAGCAGAGUUCCAGAACCCGGGAGGAUCCGUGAAAGACCGCGCCGCCCUAUACGUCGUUGAAGAAGCCGAAGAUAAAGGGCUGCUGAAACCUGGCGGCACUGUGGUCGAAGGCACAGCGGGAAACACUGGAAUUGGUCUUGCCCAUGUGUGCCGGUCUAAAGGCUACAAAUUGGUCAUCUACAUGCCGAACACUCAGUCGCAAGGGAAGAUUGAUCUGCUUAGACUUCUAGGCGCAGAAGUCUAUCCUGUCCCGGCUGUCGCUUUCGAAAAUCCCGAGAACUACAAUCACCAGGCGAAGAGACAUGCCGAGAGUAUCGAUAAUGCAGUGUGGACGAACCAAUUCGAUAAUAUCGCGAAUCGCCAGGCACAUAUUGAGACCACAGGCCCCGAGAUAUGGUACCAAACAGGCGGAAAGAUCGAUGCGUUCACUUGCGCCACUGGAACUGGAGGCUCACUUGCAGGCGUCACUCGUUAUCUGAAAGAGAAGUCGGAUGGCAGAGUCAAGUCCUUCUUGGCGGACCCCCCAGGCUCGGUCCUACACUCGUACAUCUCCAGUGGAGGCAAACUAGUUGACAGAACAGGAUCUUCAAUUACGGAAGGCAUCGGCCAGGGUCGCGUUACAGACAACCUCAAGCCUGAUAUUGACCUCUUGGACGGUUCUUUGCAUAUUGCAGACGAGAAAACUAUCGAAAUGGUCUACAGAUGCUUAGAUGAGGAGGGCCUUUAUCUUGGAGCAAGCUCGUGUCUGAACGUGGUGGCUGCAAAAGAAGUUGCGGAGAAACUAGGCCCAGGCCACACUGUAGUGACCUUACUUUGCGACGGCGCGUAUCGUUAUGCGGAAAGGCUCUUCUCUAGGAAAUGGUUAGAAGAGAAGAAGCUCAUUGGAUCGAUACCUAAGCACCUCGAAAAAUACAUUGUCCUACCUUAGAUAGAAGGGUAACAAUUCAAGAUCAAUUUCACACUAGGACGCAAAUUGGAAAACAACGAGCCCACGGGAAAGAUGAAGGCAUCUAGUAUUGAUAGAAGUAUUCGUGGUUACCAAUUUGCAGAACACUAGUAUUCAUUCAAUCUCUAUAUCAACCAAUAAUUGACCUUGCGGUUGUUAGCACGGACCCACGGUUCACGUUGGUCGGCAGGCACCA